CUUCAUUCGUACGAACUUCAUGCAAGUCAUGGGCUGAAGGCUGGGAAAAGUAAGCAAAUGCACGCCCACAUUCAACGUAUAUAACUUCUUUGAUGAUAUACAACAACCAUCACAGAUCCAUCGGGAACGCUACUGCGGUCGUUUUUUUGCCCCUUUGCAUGUCUAGAGUGGUUCUAUUUUCGGGAUUGCUGCAUUUUGGCGUCGGUCCGAGUACAUGUCGCUCAAGAUGAUCAUUACGCCAAAGCAGGAACCCCUCCGUUUCCGUACGAAUGAUGAUAUUCGGCUGUUUGUUUCCCAGCCUUCCAUGUAGUACUUUCUCAUUGAGAUUUUGAGGGCCGCGCAACCAUUGAUCGAAAAGUAUAAAAUGGCCCAAUCUUUACGAACGUUUCCUUCUACUUCUCCUCAUCCCUUCCCUUUCCAUUUGAAUCUCAAUAAUGAAAAGUCUGUUUCUCUUCAACGUAAUCAUUCAUACCUUCUACUUGACAUCUGUUCUUGCGCUUCCUUUGAAUCAAGCUCGUCGAUCGACUUCACCUGACUUUAACGCAUGCAUUAUAAAUGACGCCAAAACGUUCGCUGAAACAAAUUUCACUCAUUUGGUAAUCGGAGGUGGUACGGCAGGAUUGGCCGUUGCAACCCGCUUGUCAGAGAUUCAAACAAACCUCGUAGGCGUGAUUGAAGCAGGAUCAAAAGGCUUUGACGACCCAAUCAAUCUAAUCCCAGGUCGAUUUGGCGCAAAUCUGAAAACACAGUACGAUUGGAAUUACACAACUUCAUCAAGUGGACAAGAUCGAUCGAUCGCUUGGCCCAGAGGGCAUGUCUUGGGCGGCAGCUCGGUAUUGAACUUUCUUGUUUGGGAUCGUGCCUCAAAAGCCGAAUACGAUGCAUGGGAAGAGAUGGGAAACGAAGGAUGGAAUUGGCAAAUGAUGGACAAGUAUAUGCGCAAAGCUGAAAUGUUCACUUCUACACAAAAUACGAUUCAAGGAGAUAAUACCCAGCUUGGUGACAAAGGACCGGUAAAAAUCAGCUUGCCACAAUACAUCUCCAAUCAAGUCAAAUAUUGGAUUCCGGCAUUACAGUCAAUUGGUUUGAAAGAGAAUAGCGCGCCAUUGUCUGGUGACAAUCUGGGCGUAUCCAUUCAACCGAGUGAUAUUGAUCCAACUUUGCAAAUUCGACAAAGUUCACCGGUAGCGUAUCUACAAUCAAAUAAACAUCGAUCAAAUUUGAAAAUUUUGGUCUCGACAGUGGCUGACAAGAUCGUGUUGGAAAAGUCUACAAGUGACCCUACAUUAUUAACUGCUCACGGUGCGACUUUUUCAAGUGGUGGUCACACAUACACUGUAAGGGCUUCGGAGGAAGUCAUUGUCUCUGGAGGCUCGGUCAACACUCCCAAAUUGCUAGAGCUCAGUGGGAUCGGUAAUAUCAAAGUAUUACAAGCAGCCGGUGUGAAGCAAUUGAUCGAUUUGCCAGGUGUUGGAGAAAAUCUUCAAGAUCACACCUAUACAUCCGUUGCAUAUGAGUUGAAGGAGGGACAGGUCACUCUGGAUACAUUGCGCUUCAAUACGACUUUUUCUACUGAACAAGAAAAGCUACGGGCGGCAGGCAAACCGUCCAUACUGGGUACUGCUGUACCUGCAAUCGGAUAUCUCACACUUCCUCAAUUGAUUCCUGACACGGGCAAACUUGCGAGCAUCAUUCAAUCAGCACGAACAUUUGUCGCAGCCACGACGUAUCCCUUCAAGAAAACGUUGGUGAAACAAUUGGAGUACUUGACACAGCAUCUUGACGUGAGCGCACAAAUGGAAGUGGUGGGGAUCAAUGGCUUCUACUCGACAACAGGUACACCCGGUCAACGAAAAGCCUACAUGACACUCUUAGCUGCUCAACAGCAUCUUUUGAGCCGUGGAUCGAUUCAUAUCACAAGUUCCGAUCCUUCGUUAUCACCAAGCAUUCGACCAAACUACUUUCAUGCGCCUUUCGAUCUUGAUGUCUCAACUUUCGGGACGCAGUAUCUACGCAAGAUCGGCAACAGUCCUGCUUACAGUGAUGCAUUUGUCAAGUCCGAAGCAAUUCCAGGAUUGCAAGCUGACAUACACGAAUACACACGUACAACAUUCGCAUCUGAAUAUCAUCCCAUCGGAACGACUUCAAUGCUACCUCGAAAAGAUGGAGGAGUGGUUGAUACAAAAUUAAAAGUGUAUGGAACGUCAAACUUACGUGUUGUUGACGCUUCCAUCAUUCCAUUGCAUCUAAGCGCACAUAUUCAAGCGACAGUUUAUGGAAUCGCAGAGUACGCAGCUGAUAUCAUCAAAGAAGAGGCCUGUCCGUAAUCGGAAAAGCAGACAACAUGUAUACUAAAAAUUGAACUCGGACAAUUACGUAAUGAAAUGGAC